CGUACAGUGAGAGAGAGAGAGAGAGAGAGAGAGAGAGAGAGAGAGUGGUGUUCUCGUUCUCGGCACUUCCCCUGUUUGGCUGCUUGGCACUGGAGCACGGAGGGCCGAACAGAACAGUCGACGAGCCAUGGUGAGGCUUCGCGCCGGCGAAUCUUUUAAGGCAGGAGAGGAGCGGCGGUGGAAGGUCCAUGAAACUGCGGGGAAGAGAGCAACUACGACUCGGGCAACCCCUGGCGUCCGCAAGAAGAGCAAGGGAUCCGGCUCCCCCGAUGCGGCAACGCCGGCGUCGCGGGAGCGGCCGGGGAGAGCUGCGGCAGCGGCAGCGGCGGCGGCGGGGGACGCGACGGUGGAGGACACCGACGCCCUCGACUGCGGCGUGUGCUUCCUCCCGCUCAAGCCCCCCAUCUUCCAGUGUGACGAGGGCCAUGUGGUGUGCUCGCCGUGCCGUGAAAAGCUUGCGCCAAAGGGCAGGUGCCAUGUUUGCGGCAUUGCCACGCAUAACUACCACAGGUGCCACGCCAUGGAGCGCCUGGUGGAGUCCAUCUGUGUCCCAUGCCCGAAUGCAGCCCAUGGCUGUGGUGCCAGGCCAGCUUACUACGAUCAGCAUGUCCACUGCCAGACGUGUCCACAUGCACCACGCCGCUGCCCGGGCAAGGACUGCAGCUUCCUUGGUUCUACAGAGGCGCUCCUGGACCACUUCACCGGCGCACAUGGAUGGCCUUCCACCACCGAGAUCAGAGCCUUUGAGACAUGCAGCAUUCCCCUCUACGAUGGAUUCAACUUCAUCCUCGUUGAGGACGAUGAGGAUGACGAUGAUCAUUUCACCACUACCAGCAGCAGCAGUCGGUACCUGUUACUCCUGAACGUGAUGCGGCAGCCACUUGGCCACUCCAUCACCGUGCACUUCAUCGGUCAAGAAUUGCGCUCAGAAGGACUAAGAUGUGUGCUCAGCUACUCACGGGUACAAUACCACCCUGAUCGUCAUAAGUUCCUGGGCAGCCAUUCUCUGCAAUCUGAGAUCAAUGUAGAAUGCAUGGAUCUCGCCGAUAGGCUGCCCGACCCUGCUGAUUGCUUCCAGUUCAUAGUGCCGGAUUCCGUUCUUAGAAACAUCGACAAGAAGGAUGCUAUGCACAUCGAAGUCCGUGUCGACAUCAUCAAUCUGGAGUAGUUAUCUGUUGUUUUUGUUAACUAGGACCUCAUGUUGCCCACCACUUGUUUCAUUUCUUGGUGUUUGUAUAUGCAUGCAAGAGUUGAUCUCAAGACAAGAAAGAUGGCAAUGACAAAGUUCCAAAACACAUA